AUGGCCCAGCACGCGGACGACCAAAACUCCACCGCGGCCUCUUUACCCGCGGGGCCGACGGGGAGGUCCAGUUACUUUGGAAUCCGCGACUUUUUAGACUUCAUCGACACCCGCAUAACCGUGUCUCGAGUCGGAAGACUCUUCCAUCUGUCCGGCAGUGGCCAUCCGGAAGAGAUUCCUGAGACGACAUUUCUUAGAGAAGUGAGGGCAGGCUUGACGACCUUUGCUACCAUGGCCUACAUCAUCGCUGUCAACGCAUCUCUCCUGUCCCAGACCGGGGGUACUUGUCCUUGCGACAUGACAGACAAGCGCAGAUGCGACACACUCCCAGAGUUCGCCGACUGCAAGGAACAAGUUCGCCGCGAUCUCGUCACCGCCACGGCCGCCAUCGCCGGCAUGGCGUCCGUGACCUUUGGGGUCGUCACCAACCUCCCCGUCGCCCUCGCCCCCGGAAUGGGCCUCAACGCGUACUUUGCGUUCCAGGUCGUGGGCGUCAACGGCAGCGGCGACGUGUCGUACCGCACCGCGCUCACGGCCGUCUUCUUCGAGGGCCUCAUCUUCAUGGCGCUCGCCCUCACGGGCAUGCGGCAGUGGCUUGUCAGGCUUAUCCCCGCAACCAUAAAGACGGCCACCGGCGUCGGCAUCGGGUUCUUCCUCGCGGAGAUCGGGCUGUCGUACUCGGCGGGUAUCGGCGCCAUCACCGGCGGAGGCGCCUCGACGCCCUUGGCCAUCGGCGGUUGUCCCCUCGAGAAGCUCAACCCGCAGACCGGUCAGUGUGACUCGGGGCAGAUGGCGAAUCCAAAGUUGUGGGUUGCCGUCUUUGGCGGCGGUAUCGUCACCUCCUUCUUGAUGGCGUUUCGUGUCAAAUACUCGCUCGUCGUCGGCAUCGCCCUGGUGUCUAUUUUGUCCUGGCCACGGCAUACGCCCAUAUCAUAUUUCCCCGACACCCCCGAGGGCGACUCGCGCUUCGACUUCUUCCAGCAGGUCGCCGCGUGGCAUCCCAUCUCCAAGACACUCAACCAGCUGGACUGGACGUUCGAGUCCAGCGGGUCGCACUUUGCCCUCGCGAUAUUCACCUUCUUGUACGUCGACAUCAUCGACGCCACCGCCACGCUCUACUCCAUGGUGCGCUUCUGCGGCGUCGUGAAUCGCAAGGAUGGCGACUUUCCACGAUCAACGGCCGCGUACUGCAUCGACGCUGCCUUCAUCUCCGUUGCGGCGCUCUUGGGCUGCUCGCCCGUGACUGCCUUCAUCGAGAGCGGCGCUGGCAUCGCUGAGGGAGGCCGCACUGGCUUGACUGCCAUCGUGGCGGGGCUCUGCUUCAUCGGCGCCGUCUUUUUUGCGCCCAUAUUCGCCUCCAUCCCACCCUGGGCCACGGGCUGUACCUUGGUUCUUGUUGGUUGCAUGAUGAUCCGACAAAUCACCCAAAUCAACUGGCACUACAUUGGCGAUGUCCUCCCGUCCUUUGUUGUCAUGGCUUUCAUCCCGUUCAGUUACAGCGUGGCGUACGGCCUGAUCGCGGGCCUCUUCGUGUACGCCAUGCUCAAUGGUCUAGUCGGCAUCGUGGUCUGGUGCAGCCGAGGCCGCAUCGAGCCUCGCGAGUACGACCUGAAAGAGUAUUGGACGUGGCGUGGUGGCGGCCGUGCUCCCUGGCUUGUCCGGGCCAUGAGGGCCUACUGCCGCAGAACGCCGGCCCCAGGGGAUUCCGCCAGCGUCAGCGGCCUCAGUCUCGAGGAAACUCCGGUUGGGUCGAUGCAGGUUGCAGAGCCCGGAGCAGAAACACCCUCUAAAGAAUAUCCGGGGCUCGUCACGGAGCCGGCAACAUCUGUCCCAGCAGAAUCCGCUGCCACCUACCGUUAUGGCUGCUAA